CCAGUAGAACCGAGUAGGAGGCGGAGGAGGAAGGCGAGUCAUACGAGGAGGAGCGAACGAAAGGCAGUGUCUGAGCUGACACAUUUAUUUUAAAACUGCCAGCCAGCUUACUGUUAUAAAUAUACCUUCUGUCUCCGUGUAGUGGAGGGUUAGAAAGGAUGACGAUGCCACAUGUAGGUGCAGUGUUUGCAGCCAUAGCCGGAGUCCUGGCAAUUAUGUUGCACUCCUCAAUUCACAAAAUCGAGGAAGGCCAUCUGGCUGUGUACUACAGGGGUGGAGCUUUGCUGACUUCUGCAAACGGUCCUGGAUAUCACAUCAUGCUGCCUUUCAUCACCACCUUCAGAUCUGUGCAGACGACUCUCCAAACUGAUGAGAUAAAGAAUGUGCCUUGUGGAACAAGUGGUGGAGUUAUGAUCUACUUUGACAGAAUAGAAGUUGUCAACAUGCUGAUCACUACAGCAGUUUUGGACAUUGUGAGGAAUUACACUGCUGAUUAUGACAAAACACUCAUUUUCAACAAGAUCCACCAUGAACUCAACCAGUUCUGCAGUGUGCACACACUCCAGGAGGUCUACAUUGAGCUCUUUGACAUUAUAGAUGAGAAUCUGAAGACUGCACUACAGAAAGAUCUGAAUGUUAUGGCACCUGGUCUCACAAUACAGGCAGUACGUGUAACCAAACCCAAGAUCCCGGAGGCCAUCAGGAGAAACUUUGAACUGAUGGAGGCAGAAAAGACUCGUCUUUUAAUCACAACUCAGACUCAGAGGGUGGUGGAAAAGGAAGCAGAGACUGAAAGAAAAAAGGCAAUAAUUGAGGCUCAGAAAGUGGCUCAAGUGGCAGAGAUCCAUUUCCAGCAGAAGGUGAUGGAGAAAGAGACAGAGAAAAAGAUCUCAGGAAUAGAGGAUUCUGCCUUCCUGGCCAGAGAGAAGGCCAGGGCAGACGCAGAGUAUUACACUGCUUCCAAGUAAGCAGAAGCAAACAUGUUGAAGUUGACCCCAGAGUACCUGGAGCUCAUGAAGUACCAGGCCAUAGCAGCCAACAGUAAGAUCUACUUUGGCCACGACAUCCCAAAUAUGUUUGUAGAGGGAAGCAAUGGCCCACCCAGGCCUCAGUCCCAGACUGAAGCAGACCUGCUCAAAGGAAAGAUAGACGGGCUGUGAUUCUUUGGAUGCUUCCUCUGCACGCGACAGUGAGACCCUGAUGACGACUGCUCUGCUCUGUGGGGUAAGGAGCAUGGAACUGAAGGUGAUGAUGGCUUUGAAGCUACUUUUGUGAGCAGGACACCUCAAGGAUUAUGUGUAAAUGGCAAAAAGGUAGUGGAAGAUUCUACAGUGAAAGAUAUGUUAAGGGACAAAUGGUGGAGAUUAAAGGGAAAGUAUGUGUUUUUUUCACCUUUCAUUGUUUUGGAAAAAAGUUUUUAGGAAUGAAAAUAAUGCAGUUGAUAAAAUUGAAGUCAAAUUGAUGCUUCUGUCUGAGAUGGCGAUGGCAAGUCGCCCUAAUUUGAAAUGUGCUUUCUUGUUUCUGUAUGCAAGAGAAGUGGUUAUGAUGAAAACUCACUAAUGACUUUUUAAAACUAGGAAUGGCAGGUAACACUAAUUAAAAGCGGAAUGCUUUGCAUGGUGAGUGGGUGGUGAAUCAACUCUUACUGUAAAUCACUACUUAUUUGUUGUCCCUUUAUUUACUGUAAAGCAGCUAAAAUAGCUGUAAAAGCAUUUAAAUGAUCUCACAAUUUAGUUCCCACUCAGAUUUCCAUUUGAUAGUAUUGCACAUAUAUUCAUUUUUUAUGUGUUAUACAAAUGCGGCCUGAUCUCUUUUUUUUUUUUUUUUACUUCAAUAUAUAACUUGUAUCAGAACAGAGUAGAUGGAUUUUUAAACUGGGCAAUUGGUUCAAAUGUGCGUAGCGUAGUACUUCAUAACAUCAUUAUUUUAACCAAUAACCAUGAUUUUUUGAAUUUUCUUUGAAAUGUACAAAGUAUAAAAUUACUGAUGCAAAAAUGGUUGUUUCAUGCAACAAAAUGUUUUCUACUGUCCAGGCAAGAACAUUGUUGUUGGGAUGUUAACAUACAGUUGAUUUUCUUAAUCAAUCCUUUGAAGGCACUGCUUGCUGUGAAAAGGAACUUACACAGUGUUUAAAUUAGACAUAAUUUCUCCUUUUGAGCAGAGCAAUUUAGAAAAUCCAUAAAGGUAAAAGGAAAGUUUUCUCAAUUUUGAACACAACGAUGUUGCUUCUAGUCAGUAAUUUAUGUAUAUAAAAAACCAACAAGCUAGAAGCAGACUGUUAAACUGUUUCCCCAUAUUAACAUCCUCAAAAUGUUAUUUCAUGUACUAUGAAACAUUCAACAACUCUUAGGGAGAUCUAUGUGGAAAAACUCAGUCAUUGUAAAAGGUCAGUGUCACCGCUAGCAUUUAUUCACUGCAGUAAUCACAUUAGAAACAUUUUACUCUUGUAGCGUUCCAAGCUGCUUGCUACAUUUUUUUUUUUUUUGCUGACACUUGAUUAAGUCUUUCUAGAAAUUAAUGUUGGGUAGUACUUGAAAUUAUAUUUUUAAUAUGUAGGGUAAAGAACAACAGAAACAUUUUUCAUUCAGAGUCCUAAUGCUGACUGACUUUAAACAACAGCCUUGUGUGUUAAGAAUGACCAGGUCCUUCUUUUAUUUUUUUUAUGACAGAGGUGGAUUACAUCAAAUGAGCUGCAGAAGGACAGAGCAUUGUCUUCCUUGUUAAGUAGUCUUCAAUUUUGUCUUUUGUGGCUGUGCACGCAAAGUUGUUUAAGGCUCAAAUCAAAUGAUUAUUGUGAGAUGAUCGAAUAUUAACUCUCAGGAAAUUAACUUUUUAUUUAAGUAAAACAUUAGCUUGAAAAGUUAAACAAAUAGGUAGAAAAAAGAAUCGUUCUGAUUUUUGCCAACAUCGUGAUUUAACAUGAAUAUUAAUGCAACACCUAUUUACCGGCGCUGCCUCUGGUCUGUUUUUGUUUAUGUUUUUUUUGGGCUCUCAAUCCAGAAAAGUCAAUCUUUUUCAAUGCUUGUAAAACACAAGGGUUGGCACAUACUCUGUGUAAAGAGUUUGACACUGUCUCUGCGAUUGGUUUGGGUGAAGCUGUGAGCUCCAGCACUACAUGAAGCUUUGUUCUGAGUAAUGAUGAAUGUUGAUGCUUAAGCUGUCACUGGAUGCAUGCUGGUGCUAGAGUCUGCCCUGUGUUUGUUUUUCUUCACUAUUCACACUUCAUUGAAUUCAAGCCUUAAAUCACAGCAGGAUUCUCCGGAGGAAUUUUUUUUGUAACAACAGUUACAACAUAAAAGACUCCACUUGAACUAAACCUGUGAAUCUGUACAGUCUAACUGCACUAGAACAGCCUCAUCUGCUGCUUGCUACACAAAAACAAACAAAAAAAAAACAAACAAACAAAAAAACAACAUGUAAAGAGUUUGGAGGUCGCUGUGAUGUUUACCUGACUUCCUGGAUGAAAGUUACUGUCUGCACUCUGCAUUUGCUUUGGUGGUAAAUACUAAUAAAGCUGUUAAAGAGAGGGUAUGAUUUUUUUUUUGGUGUGUGAAAUAUUUUGUACAAUAUGUGAAAUUUAAACAUUGUUUUCUUGUUUUAAAACAUUUAUAUGACAAAAGUGGUUUCAAGUCUGGACGAUGUUGUCAAAUAAAACCUAUUUUGGUACCUCG